AUGUUGUCCGUUAUACCAAGCAGUGUGCCCCUUCCCCAGGCGCCAGCGGGACUUUUCACCAAGACUUCUGCGGCUGUACACAUAGAGGAGAUCGACACAGAGCCGCAGACAGUUGAUGAGUUGAUGAGAAGUCGUGUAGAGUCGGAUCCUGAUCUGCCUAUUUUUUCCUAUCCGUCGUCAGGCCUCAAUUAUGUGGACUAUACGCCGAGACAGCUUGACCGCUUUGCCUUCCGAGUGGCCAAGAAGUAUGCAUCUCGCAUCCCAUCCAGAAGGGACUCAGCAGAAAAGCCGACAGUUGUGGGCCUACUGGGGCACUCCGAUCUCAACUAUCUUGUGACGCUUCUAGCAUUAACCAAAUUGGGGCACACUGUCCUCUUUCUCUCUACGAGGAUAUCCAAAGAAGCAUACGCGUCGCUCCUACAGGCUACCCGGUCACGUCAUCUGGUUGUCGGAGAUGCCUUUGUCGAUGUAGGCGCCGCUCUUCAGCAGGAUAUGUCUCUCUACGUCUCUAAAAUUGCUACACAAGCGAAGUACGAGUAUCCCAUUCUAGACGAGGUCGAUACGAGGAUGACCACGCAGCUUGACCCUUCCCGGGAAUCAACCUACAUCGCCUGGAUCAUCCACUCGAGCGGGUCCACGGGAUUGCCGAAACCGAUAUACCAGACCCAAAAAGCGGCGUUGAACAACUAUGCCAGUAACAUGAACAUGUGUGGGUUCCUCACACUGCCACUUUUCCACGCACAUGGCGUUAGCAGCCUGUUCCGCGCUAUACACUCGAAAAAGCAGAUCCACCUAUACAAUGCAACCCUCCCGAUGACCAAGCAGUAUCUGAUGGAUAUCAUCCAGUCACAUUCGUUCGAGAUAUUCUACGGCGUACCAUACGCACUCAAGCUAUUGGCUGAGUCCGAGGACGGCAUCCGCCUUCUGUCGCAAUUCCGCGUGGUAAUGUUUGGUGGCUCCGCUUGCCCAGAUUCCCUGGGAGAUAAGUUGGUCGAGGGGGGUGUCAACCUGGUCAGCCACUACGGUACAACCGAGACAGGCCAACUCAUGACCUCUUUCAGACCGGCGGGCGACAAAGCAUGGGAUUACGUCCGUCCCUCCGCAGCAGUCAAGCCUUACCUUCGCUUUGAGGAGAGAGGACCUGGCAUGUACGAGCUUGUUUGCCUCGACGGCUGGCCGUCCAAGGUUGCCUCAAACAGACCCGAUGGAUCAUACGCCACCAAGGAUCUGUUUACGAAGCACCCGACGCUAGAAGCUUACAAGUACUUUGCACGCCUCGACGACACGCUUGUGCUGAACAAUGGAGAGAAGGCGAACCCGCUUCCGCUUGAGGGCGCUGUGCGACAGAACCCGCUUGUCGCUGAAGCUGUAGUCUUCGGCGCUGGCAAAUCGAACCUUGGACUCGCGUUGAUCAAAUCGCAAGAGUGCACGGGCAUGAGCGACAACGAUAUCCUUGAUGAGGUCUUCGAAUCUGUAGAGCGUGUGCAGUCCGCAAUGCCGGCAUACGCCAGGGUAUCGAAAGACAUGGUUUUCAUGCUGGACGUAGACACGGCCUUCCCACGCACUGACAAGGGCACCGUUAUACGCCAAGCCUUCUACAAGAAGUUCAAAGAUGAGAUCGAGGCACUCUACGAAGAGAAGAUGGAGGGGUCGCUGGAACUGUCCGAGCAAGAGCUUCGCAUCUUCCUAGGACAGGCUCUUCAGGAUAUCAUGGUGGACAUACCCGCAUUGACUGACGAGCAAGACUUUUUCGCCUUUGGCAUGGACUCUUUGCAAGCAACCAGACUACGGUCAAUCAUCGUCAAGAACAUCAAUACCAACGGUGUAAAACUCCCUGUCAACGUAGCGUUUGAUUACCCAUGCAUUGGGGCCUUAGCUCACUACCUUUAUGCCCUCCGAUGUGGAGGACCAGAGUCUCGCACUGUAUCUAAGGAAGAGGAGAUGCAAAGUCUGAUCGAGGAGUAUGGCCAGUUCCAACAGCAUGUUCCACAACCGCGAAGCGCCGAAGGCCAGUGCAUCGUGUUGACGGGCGUGACCGGUUCCCUUGGGGCGCACAUCGCCGCUCAACUAGCCUCGAGGGCCGACGUCAGCAAGCUCUACUGCCUCGUUCGCGCAUCAUCUUUCCAGAAUGCGCAUGAUAGAGUCAUCCAGUCAAUGCAGCAGCGCCAGGUGUACGAAACCCUUCCGGUUCCACACCGAGAAAAGAUCCUAGCAUUACCAGCCGAUCUCUCCAAUCCGGACCUAGGACUCGACGCCGAAGUCCUCCAUCAAGUUCAGAGCGAAGUCACGAGCGUAAUUCAUAGCGCCUGGUCCGUGAACUUCAACCUUCAGCUAAGCAGCUUCGUAAAAGACUGCAUAGCCGGCGCCAAGAACCUGCUGAACCUCUGCCUCCAAGCACGCGGCCCUACCCCAGCAUCCUUCAACUUCUGCUCGUCCGUCUCCACGGUCGCGAACACCGCCGGCUCCCAGGUCGCCGAAUCGCUAGCUGAGCUAUCCGCCGCGCAGAAGAUGGGCUAUGCCCAGUCCAAGAUGGUCACCGAGCACCUAUGCGACCUCGCUGCUAAGCAAACGGGCAUGGCAUCCCGCGUGCUGCGUAUUGGCCAAAUCAUAGGCGAUACCCAACACGGGAUCUGGAACGCGAAGGAGGCUAUACCGAUGAUGCUGCAGACGGCCAUUACGACCCGCGCGCUCCCCGCCCUGGACGAGAAUCUUCGCUGGCUGCCUGUGGAUGUGGUAGCAGGCACGGUUGUGGAUAUAGCGACAAGCGAGGCGCCUGCGCGCGUCUUUAAUGUUGUCAACCCGCAUACGCUUCAUUGGACGAGGGAGCUCUUGCCUGCUAUCCGGGACUUUGGAAUCGAGUUCAGCGAGGUCGGUCAGAGGGAAUGGGUGCAGAGGCUUCGUAGUUCGAAUCCAAAUCCGGUUGUCAAUCCACCAAUCCGGCUUGUGGAGUUCUUUGCGAGCAAGUACGAUAAUGACAAUAAGAGGAGGGCUAUGGACUGGCAGACGGAGGCGGCGGUGCACUGGUCGGAGACGUUAAGGGGCACUGGAGCGCCGGAUCAAGAGCUGUUGAAGAGGGUUUUGCAGUACUUUAGUGAGCAAUGCUGGCGCUGA